AUGUCCGCAAACGAUAACGCAAAGCUCAACUCCGCGGGUGGUCCAAUCUUCCGCCACCCGGACCUCUCGCACGAGGAAUUCGCGGCGGCGUGGCACCGGCACGGACGCCUCGCGGUGCCGUGGGCCCUGAAAUUCGGGGUCUGGGAGUACAUCCAGAUCCACAUGCCUAAUCCUGGGUCAUUAUCAACCGGGGUGACGGACGACGACGGCACCGUAGAGGCGAGAGCGAGGCGCAUCCUCUUACAAGCUGACGGCAUGGCUAUCAUGCGCCGUUACGACGUGCCUACGGAGGCGGGGCAUCUAUAUUUCAGUAACGUCAUUCUUAAGGACGAGAGGACGUUUUUACAUGAUGAGUCUGGUGCUGGUGCUGUUAAGGGAGAUCCGCCUGUUUAUGAUGUCCCGGAAUUACACGUUGAUGUCUGGAGGGAGAUGGCGCUGGAAAUGGGGGGUGUAGAGCAUGUCAAGAUCAAAGAUGGGAAAGACCUUGCUGGAAAUGCGAUGUGGGAGGAGUGGGAAAGGGUGGAAAAGGAGAGGAAGGAGAUGUCUGGGUGA